UCUCUAAUGGGUGAGAAACUCUUUCUUCUUCUUCUUCUUCUGAUUACUGUUUCUUCUUCUUUGUUUCAAUUUGGAAUUUCCGAUACUUCUCGCAAAUCUGGAGAUGGAAAUGAAGAAUGGGGUUAUGUUCAAGUUAGACCCAAAGCACAUAUGUUCUGGUGGCUUUACAGAAGCCCUUUCAGAGUGAAGGAUGCUUCUAAGCCAUGGCCGACCAUUCUUUGGUUACAGGGCGGCCCGGGUGGGUCAGGAACGGGGUUUGGGAACUUCCUAGAAAUAGGGCCGCUCGACUCCAACUUAAAGCCAAGAACCUCAACAUGGUUACGAAAAGCAGACCUUUUAUUUGUGGAUAAUCCUGUUGGGACCGGAUACAGCUUUGUAGAGAGUUUAGGACAAUUUGCGAAAAGUGAUUGGGAUGCAGCGGACGACAUGACGACUUUGCUAACUAAGCUUUCCAACAACACCAUCAACCUAAACAACACUCCUUUUUACAUCUUUGCGGAGUCUUACGGUGGAAAAUUCGCCGUUACUCUUGCUUUAUCCCUCCUACGCUCCAUUCGAGCUGGCCAUUUGAAGCUUAAUCUCCAAGGGGUGGCCCUAGGAGACAGUUGGAUAUCACCCGAAGAUUUCACGUUUUCUUGGGGUCCUCUUCUCCAUGACCUUUCUCGGAUCGGCAGCAUCGCACAUCAGAUAUCCAAUCAGUUGGCUUCGGAGAUCAGUGACCAAAUUAAAAAGGGAAUGUACGAAAAUGCAACACUUUUGUGGAGUAGUUUUGAGAAUUUCAUUUUGGCGAAAAGCAACCGCGUGGAUUUCUAUAACUUCAUGUUGGAUCUAGAUUUGGAUCCAGUAAUCUCAACAACAAAAAGCUUAGAAUCAAAUAGCAUUAAUUCAGUAAGAUUAAAAGGAAGAAAAUCUUCAUUCUUUGGUUACAAAAAUUACAAGCCAGGUGGUGAAGGAAACUUAGAAGCUUUGAUGAAUGGCCCAAUUAAGCAAAAACUCAAAAUUAUACCACCAGAUGUCACAUGGGGAGGUCAAUCGGACAAAGUGUUGGAAUUUUUUACAGCAGAGUUCAUGAAACCAAGGAUUAAGGAGGUUGAUGAGUUGCUUGCGCAAGGUGUCAAUGUCACUAUUUACAACGGUCAAGUUGAUCUUAUUUGUUCUACCAAGGGAGCAGAGGCAUGGAUCAAUAAACUCAAGUGGAAUGGACUAAAGUCAUUCUUAAACACACAAAGAACUCCUCUAUUUUGUGGGAAAGAGAAAGGAACCAAAGGCUUCACUAGGUCACACCAAAAUUUGAAUUUCUAUUGGAUCCUUGGAGCAGGCCAUUUUGUUCCAGUUGAUCAACCGUGUGUGACAUUAAACAUGGUGGGUGCAAUCACACAGUCACCAGGCUCUUGAUCUACCUAUUUUUAACGACGGGAAACAAAAUGAAAAAGAAAAACACAUAUUUUCUAUUUAGAAUAUAAUAAAGCACAUAGCUUAAUUAAUUAUAGAUAAGAAAAAAUGAAAUGUAUUUAAUAAAUGAAACUUUUUUUUAAGUGUAUUUGUUUUAAAUAAUAGAAAUCUUUCAUGUAAUAACUUGUCAUAAAUAACUUGAAAGAAUAGUUUAUAUAUACCUAAAUUGUACACUGUUUAUAUAUAAAUUUUUUAAUAGUAAAUUGAUCACGAGAAAAAGUUAACAAAA